ACAAAGGGUAGAGAAAAACUUGAAAACCACAGCACCUUGAAAACCAGGCAGGGGAUUUCCAAUUUAGCUGCUCAUAUAAACUGGAGGCGAGGUCCUUUGCUCUGUCUUCUGAUUCUGCUCCUCUGAUUGCAGACAUGGCCACUGUCGUCGAUGUGACUGUCCAUUCUGAGAAAUGGAGACCGAUGACCUUCCCUGCCCAUCCGGGAGACAGAGUGAAUAAGAUUAAGGAACAUGUGCGCUCUAAGACCAGGGUUCCCGUGCAGGACCAGGUCCUCCAGCUGGGCUCGAAGAUCCUAAAGCCGCAGAGAACUCUGUCAUCGUAUGGCAUCGACAAGGAGACGACCAUCCACCUCACCCUGAAGGUGGUAAAGCCCAGUGAUGAGGAGUUGCCCUUGGUUUUGGUGGAGCCUGGUGAUGGGGGGCAGAGGCAUGAGCUCCAGGUGCGAAGGUCCAGCUUAGUGACCCAGGUGAAGGAGAUGAUCAAGAUGAAGACCGCUAUACCCCCUAAGAAGCAGAUUGUGAACUGCAAUGGAAAGAAACUGGAAGAUGGGAAGAUCAUGGGAGAUUAUGGCAUCAAAAAGGGCCAUUUACUCUUCCUGACAUAUCCCUGCAUUGGCGGGUGAUAACCCUGCAGAUGGAGUGAUAGCAGAAACUAAAGAGCUCAUUUCCUUUUACUUCUUACUCACUAAUCACACCCUCUGAAAAUCUCCCAAAAUUAAUGUGAAAGAUAAAUAGAAAGAGAAGAUUUAGGUUGGGCUGGUGAAGAAUGUUGUAGAACAUUUCUAAUUCAUUGAUUCUUUCAUUCUCACAUGAUUGAAUAAUUGCAAAAUUGCAUAUAAUACAUUAUAUGUUGAUAUGUUAGAAUAUAUUGGAAUUUGAACACCUCUUAGAGGUAACAUUCGAAGCCAGCUUGCAGUUUAAUCCUGAAUUGGUUCUGACUCAUAGAAAAACUCCUAUUUCCUUUUCCAAUCAACAAAAGUACAUUUUAGGUUGUGAUUCAUGUUCUUCUAAUUACUGUUUGCAUCUAUUUUUAGUGCAGUGCUUCUUCUGUCAUAUCACUCAAAAAUUGUUGAGCUACAUUUACUUUCUACUUAUAGAGAAUAGUGAAAUGCUUUAUUAAUGAACUAUUUACUGUGAUGAUUCCAAUCUUAUUAAUAAAUAAUUUAGAAAUUCAA